GGCUGCUACGAUGCGCCAGCGCUUCUUGAGCUUCCUGGCGUCGACCGAGCCGGCGCCCAAGCCGCGCGGCGCCCACCUGCGGGCGCCGUCGGCGUCGCUCGCGGCCAGCGCGACCAUGAGCCGCAACCAGGUCGUGAUCAAGGCGACGCCAGUCGGGCCCGCCGAGGCCCACUACACGCAGUACACGAUCAUCUGCUCGCAGCCAGGGACGUACCAAUGGUGGGUCGCGUUCCGACGCUACUCGGAGUUUGUGACGUUCCGCAAGCAGUGCCAUAAGACGCUCAAGGUCGUCCAGAAGAGCGACCACGCACAGGCGCUGGCGCCUUUCAUCGACGCGCUCUCGGCGCUCGCGCGCUGCCCGUUCCCACCCAAGCACUUUAUCGUUGACGACGCUACGAUCCUUGCCGAGCGAAAGGCCGGCUUGGCCACCUUUGUGGAGCACGUGCUCUCGAGCUACGACGACGCCAGCCGGCUCGUGACGCUGCUCGGUGUGGCCCAGCGCGUCCUCGUCGAUGCGUGGCUGCGCCUCGCGACCGCCUUCUUGGUCGUGCCACCGGAUGCGCGCACGUCGCGCCGCCGCCAUACGACGCUCUGCGCUGCGGACGCCGUCUGCUCGAUCUGCCUCGGAAGCAUCGAUGACAAGGGCGACGAUGACCGGCGCAGCGCCGGCGCCGUGUUUGAGACCAAGUGCCACCACCACUACCACCGCAAGUGCAUCUUGCCGUGGCUCGCCAAGACGCAGACGUGCCCUAUGUGUCGCCACCGCGUCGUCUCGGGGCGCUGGUACUGACCGCUAUUUGAAUUGCUUUUGUGUAUUU